UUUUUUUAUAUCUUACACUACAAUUUCAAAGGCAUGGCUGGGCCGCUAUUAGGCACUAGACAAUAAUCACUAAGCCACCCACUUCACCUCCUUAUCUCCACGGGUUUUCUGGUCGACUUUCAAGUUUCUCAAAUCUGGGGUGACGAAAGCUGCUUGCUCUUUUAUUUUUUUUCUUCUUUAAAUUAUAUUUUGGUAACUGGAAAAGAGAGAUCCAUCAUCCGUGAACUGAAAUGUGUUGCUGCAUAUAAAGGGUGUAAUUGGAGAAAUCAACUCUUUGUUUGGAGAACUCACCAUCUGCCAUUAUGAAGUUCCCUGAGAUUUGGGUUUUCUUCUUUGUGGUUGGGGCAGCCUUGGUUGCCCUUACCUUCUCCAGCAGCUCCUCCGUUCCUGGUAUGGAGUUUUUGCAACAUGGCGGUGGUACGAGGGUGACGGGAACGAGUAGGAAGCUGAAGGGGAUCGGCAAUGAAAAACAGAACAAUGUGGAUAUGGAAGAUUACCAUCCCAUUGAUCCAGUUCCAAGCUCAAAGGCAUCUAUAAAACCUGGUCCUAUUGAGCAUGGUACUCCUCUUAUUCCAUAUAUCCCCAAACCCUCACCUCCUGACAAUUCCAAGAUUGGUGGUUCCACUUAAAGUCAUUACUAUCAGCUGAAGAACGUGGCUACGUAAUACCAUCUGUGUUAUCUAAUCUUGUA